CCACGACCACCGCCGUCGCCGCACUUUGCAUUCCCUCACGAGUGGCAUCUGACUUGCUCUUCCCUCAAUUCACUUCUCUCAUACCCGUGCGCUUCAUCUCGCACUCCCGCCCAUCAUGGCUAACCAAACUCCCGCCGUUGUCAUGGACAACGGCACGGGUUUCUCCAAGCUAGGUUUCGCCGGUAACGAUUCACCCUCAUUCGUCUUCCCGACCGCGAUCGCGACCAAGGGGCCAACUGGCGGAGCUGGUGGUUCUGGAUCAGGACGACCGGCUGUCGCGAACAAGCCUUCAUUUCUUACCGGAGGUGCUGGAGCUGGAGGCCAUCUGAGCGGAAAGCGAGGAACCGAGGAUCUCGACUUCUUUAUCGGUGACGAAGCGAUAGCAGCUUCCGGAGGACCUGGAUAUGGACUUCACUAUCCCAUUCGACAUGGUCAAAUAGAGAACUGGGACCACAUGGAACGAUUCUGGUCAAACUCCAUCUUCAAGUAUCUCCGAGUCGAGCCUGAAGACCACUACUUCCUCCUUACCGAGCCCCCGCUGAACCCGCCCGAGAACCGAGAGAACACCGCCGAGAUCUUCUUCGAGUCCUUCAACUGUGCUGGAAUGUACAUUGCCGUUCAGGCUGUUCUUGCUCUGGCUGCUUCUUGGACAUCUUCCAAGGUCCAGGAUCGCUCGCUGACUGGAACAGUUAUUGACUCUGGCGAUGGUGUAACCCACGUCAUUCCCGUUGCUGAGGGCUAUGUUAUUGGCUCUUCCAUCAAGUCAAUUCCUAUCGCUGGUCGAGACAUCACCUACUUCGUUCAGUCUCUGCUGAGAGACCGUGGCGAGCCCGAUUCUUCCCUCAAGAUAGCUCAGGAGAUCAAGGAGGAGUACUGCUACGUCUGUCCCGAUAUCGUCAAGGAAUUUAGCAAGUACGACCAAGAUCGCACUCGAUUUGCUAAGCACGUCGUGUCGCACCCCAACGGCCGCCAGGUCAGCGUUGACGUCGGUUACGAGCGUUUCCUCGCCCCCGAGAUCUUCUUCAACCCCGAGAUUUACAGCUCCGAUUUCUUAACCCCUCUCCCUGUGGUCGUCGACGGUGUUAUUCAGCAGUCGCCUAUCGAUGUACGACGAGGUCUUUACAAGAACAUUGUUCUUUCUGGAGGAAGCACACUAUACAAAGAUUUCGGUCGCCGAUUACAGCGAGACAUUAAGCAGCUGGUGGACGCCAGAAUCCGAGCAAGUGAGGUCCGUAGCGGUGGUGCUCGAAGUGGUGGCUUGGAUGUGUCUGUUAUCACUCAUAAGCGACAGCGACACGGUCCUUGGUUUGGAGGCAGUCUCCUCGGCCAAACCCCUGAGUUCCGAUCGUACUGCCAUACCAAGGCCGAGUACCAAGAAUAUGGUCCCAGCAUUGUGCGAAGGUUCGCUCUGCUGGGUGGUCCCGGUGGCUCUUAAAGGGAGACAUGAACGGUCAAGAAUCACUCCUCGAUGGACCCUGAGAGUACAUACUAUACUUCCUAGAGAGAAAGCUUUCUGGGGUAGACGCAAGACUACACCAGGAGCCUGCCGUAGGGUGCAACGAAGCGGCGCUCACGGUGCAAAAUCUCAAUUGACAAUUAUGCCUAAAGCGAUACAAAUACAAGUGGAAGAGUUGGCAAGGUGGUGGCAUGCACGUGUUGAAGUUACAUUAGUCGUUUUUAAAAAUUCACAAUUUCGAAACAUGUUGCACUUCCCCG